AUGGCUUCUGGAAAUGUCUCUAUUGUGACUGAAUUCAUCUUGGUGGGGUUAACAGACCGGCCAGAUCUCCAACUCCCCCUGUUCUUCCUGUUUCUCGUCAUGUAUCUGCUCACUGUGGGGGGAAAUUUGGGCUUGAUAAUUUUAAUUGGGUUGAAUUCACAACUGCACACUCCCAUGUACUUUUUCCUCUUUAACUUGUCUUUCAUAGACCUCUGCUAUUCUUCUGUAUUUACACCGAAAAUGUUGAUGAACUUCAUAUCAAAGAAGAAUAUGAUCUCUUACAUGGGGUGCAUGACCCAGUUGUACUUUUUUUGCUUUUUUUCCAUUUCUGAAUGUUAUGUGCUGACAUCAAUGGCCUAUGACCGAUAUGUGGCCAUCUGUAACCCACUUUUGUACAACAUAGCCAUGUCCCCAAAAGUCUGUUUCUGCCUUAUGCUUGGUUCAUACCUGAUGGCUUUUUCAGGUGCCAUGGCCCACACUGGAUGCAUGCUGAGACUGACCUUCUGUGAUGCAAACACCAUUAACCACUACUUCUGUGAUCUGCUUCCUUUGCUUGAGCUCUCCUGCACCAGCACAUAUAUCAAUGAGGUGGAGAUUUUCAUUGUGGUUGGCAUCAACAUCAUUAUGCCCAGCCUCACCAUCUUUGUUUCUUACGGUUUCAUUCUCUCCAGCAUCCUGCGCAUCAGUUCUACUGGGGGCAGGUCCAAAGCCUUCAGCACCUGCAGUUCUCACAUAAUUGCUAUUUCUCUUUUCUUUGGAUCAGGUGCAUUUAUGUAUCUCAAACCGUUUUCUGCUGUGUCAAUGGAUAAGGGUAAAAUCUCUUCUGUAUUUUAUGCCAAUACAGUUCCUUUGAUGAACCCCUUGAUCUAUAGCCUGAGGAACAAAGAUAUUAAACUUGCUAUGCGAAGAACUCUGAGUAGGAGAAGGUUUUGA